AUGUCAGGGCCGGGCCAGGAGAGGUUUAGGUCCCUUAUACCCUCGUAUAUACGAGACAGCAGUGCUUCUGUUGUUGUUUAUGAUAUCACCAACCGAGCGUCUUUCGUGAACACCACAAAGUGGAUUGAGGAUGUCAGGGCCGAUCGAGCGUCUUUCGUGAACACCACAAAGUGGAUUGAGGAUGUCAGGGCCGAGAGAGGCAAAGAUGUCGUCAUCGCUUUAGUGGGAAACAAAACGGACUUGAGCGACAGACGCCAAGUGUCUCCUGAGGAGGGGGAACAGAAGGCUCGCGAGCUGUUUGUCAGCUUGUGCUUGCUAAGGGUUUUGUUUUUGGGGGUUUAG